UAACUUUUAAAGAAAUUGCUAAAAUCCACACUCAAAAGAUAUUUUCUUCAAUAAAUAUGAAAAUGUUCAAUAAAAAAAUAAAAGGGGAAAGUAAGAAAGUAAGAAUCAAAUUGGGGUUGGUCAGUAACAAGGGGAACUAUGCAAAUUAUGGAGCAAACUAGAGUUGACUAAUGGUAUGAAAAAUGAGCAAGUUUAAGGAUCCAUAUAUUUCCACUUAUAAUAUGAAUGUAUUAAUGCUAGAUCCAUAUAAUUUGCUCAUUAAUGUGCAUUAACCCUAUAGUGAAUAUAACAUCGAGAAUCUCUAUGCCCUCAGAUGCAUGUGUCUUGUUACACCUGCGAUAAGACUAAGGCAACGAGACCCCUUAUCCCCAUCCUUGUCCUAGGUGCAUAAAGGCUUUUCUACCCUAUUGCGAUUAGCAGAAGAAAAAGGAGAAAUUCAUGUAAUACAAAUAAGCAAAAGGACUCAACAAGUGUCGCACCUCUUAUUUGCGGAUGACAGUUUAGUGUUUGCUCGAUCCUCAAAGGCGAAAAGUGAAGUCGAGAAGAAUAUUAAGAAGCUAUGAAAUGGAAUCUAGACAUAAGAUCAAUUUAGCCAAACAAGAGCUAACAUUCAGUAAGAAGGUUCUGGAAGACGAAGAAAGGAAAUAGGGGAGAUUCUAGGAAUUAAAGAAGUUGAUAAGCAUGAGAAGUAUCUUGGAUUGCCGACCAUGGCGGGAAGACAAAAAAAUCAUCUUUGAUGGCUUUAAGGAGAGGGUACGAUGCAAACCAAAAGACUGGAAGUCAAAUACGAUAUUCAUAAGCAGAGGAGGUAAUGAUCAAGGUUGUUGCUCAAUCACAGAUUCUAUAUCCGAUGAUGGUCUUUCAAGUCCUUAAAUGAAUACAUGAUUAAAUUGAAGGAUUGAUAUCUAGCUUUUGGUGGGGAUAAAAAGGAGAAGAAAGCAUAAUUUAUUGGAUAAAUUGGAAUAUGAUGUGUGACGAGAAAAGUGAGGGGGGGGGGGGGGCGUUGGGUUUCCGUGAUCUUCGUGCUUUCAUUAAAGAAAUGUUGGUGAAGCAGGUUUGAAAUAGAAUGAAUAGAUCCAAUUAUUUAGUGUGAGGAUGCUUAAAGCCAGGUAUUUUUCGACAACAGAUAUCUUACAAGCUAAGGUCAGGACUAAAGCGAGUUUUGUUUAGAGAGCUACAUGAGGGCCAAUGAUGUGUUGAGAGAGAGAGGGAAUAAGAUGUCGAUUUGGAAAGGAUAUCAAAUACAGUUGUAGAAGGAUAGAUGGAUUCCAAAUAACUCCAAUUUUUGUCCAGAGUCUAUUUGAUAACGAUGUAAUUGCACGUAUUUGCACCCCUAGUUCUUAUCCGUUUGAGGGGCAUAGUCUUGUAUUUUUGGCCUAUUUUACGCUGGGUUGUGCUGCUUUGUCAUAUUUCAGGUCCCAGGCGUCAAAGGGAAGGCUAAGCACGAGUUUCGGGGCAUUCGGAAGUCAUUCGGUCGAGCUGGAGCCAAAACACGGGCACACCUAAAUCAGAACACGGUCGUGUUCCUAGACCGUGCUUUUACUGCCGAGAGCUAAUCUGAGUUUGGCAAACAUUGGCUAAAAACACGGGCAGGGCUGAGACAGAACACGACCGUGUCCACCAAAAGCACGGCCGUGUUUCUUCCAACAGGCUGGCCGUGUAAUUAACCCUUGGCAAAGCACGGGCGGGCUACAGCAAAGCACGGCCGUGCCCUCGACCGUGUUUUGCCCAGUGAUGCCCUUUUAGGCAGAUUUCAGCCAAAUCAGAAGGGGAUUCGAGUUUUAGAGAGACAGAGCGAUUCCUAGAGAGAGAAAGCGACGAGCAAGAGUUCCCAAGUGCUCUAGCUUGAUCUUCAUCACCAUUGGAGGCCAGCUUGAGCUUGGAGAAGUGCCGAUCAACGUCCAGGAGCAGGAAUCCAUCCUUCACAGUAUGAAUUCCGCGUCUGAUUCUGCUUUUGCUUCUUUCUCCAUGGAGUAGUUCUCCCAUUCAUCUGGGUAGGAGAACCCUAGAUUUGUAUGUUAGGUUUGAUUGUAUGAACCCAAGUACUGAUCUAUGAUUUGAUUAUAUUCAAUUGAGGUUUGAAUGAUUGAACGGCAUGAAUCCUGAUCAAAUUCCUGUUGUUUCUGCUUUAACCUAGAAUGAGAAUAUCUGCCUAGGUUGAUAGAGCAUCCUUGAUUGAAGGUAGGGAGUUGGUGACUUUAGUCGAGGAACCAACUCACUAUUUUGUACCGGAUUCACUUCGGUAGUGGAGAUUUUGUUCGUUAGGGCCUGAAUCUGUUUACUCCGGUGGAGGUUAGUCGCCCGCUAGAGACUCAGAUUGAGAGGGUCUGAAGACCUUUAGUCGAGACUUCAGGCUGUUUAAGAACCUUCCGCAGUAUAACUAUCAUAGAAACUGAACUUGGUAAUUGCAAUCCGGCUUAACUGCAGUCUAGGGGGAACCAUAUCCGGGUGACCUCUCGUAACCUGAAAACAACCAUUUACUUGCUUUGCUUGUUUGUUAGUUUAGACUUGCACUAAAGUUUCAUUGCUAGAUAACAAGAAUUCACCAAGUAGUCAUCAAAUCUAGGACCCGGGUUGACAUUAAAACCCAAACCCGCUAUACUACACUUUAGGAAGUGGUUUCACUUGGCCAAUUCCUAGAGUGACAGUAGAAGUGAGUCAAGUUUUUGGCGCCAUUGCCGGGGACGGCUAGGUUGUUGAAGAAAAGUGAUUUCUGUUAAUUUAGCUUUUCUUUUCGCUUUGUUUGCUUUGUCUCACUUGUGCCUUCACGGGUUUGUUUGCUUGAGUGUGUGCAGGUAGUGCAUGACCCAUAGCCAGUCGGGAGGUUUACUGCCGUUGAAUCCAGAGAUUGACCGCGCCUGUCGCCAACUCAGGAGACAACAGCAAGCUAGACUGGCUACGGAAGAGCGCAUAGACGGCCACUUGAGCAGCGAUUCUGAGGAAGAGUACAGGAUGGACAGAGACUACAAUCCACACCAGGGGAAUCCUCAGCAGGCUCCCCCGGUGAAUCAGGUCCUGGGGAACAACCCCAUACCCCAGGCAGAUGGGGUUCAUCAUCAUCCACCGCCGCCGGGUCCCACAUUAGAGUACUACUACACUCCACGGAUUGCUGACAUCCGCCCGGUCAUCCUCUACCCGCCUAUUCCAGCAAACAACUUCGAGAUCAAGCCAUGCUGGAUUCAGCUCAUUACAUCCUCUAUCCAGUUCCAUGGCUUGAAGGAUGAGGAGGCCAGGGUGCAUCUUUCCCGUUUUCUGUAGCUGACGAACGGGUUCAAGCUGAACGGUGUCCCCGAUGAUGCAAUCCGCCUUUACCUUUUCCCUCCAGUCUCUGGCGAGGAAUGCUAAGAGGUAGUUGGAGACCCAGCCCCCAUUGUCCAUCACCUCUUGGGACGAUCUGGCUGACAAAUUUGUGCACAGGUACUAUCCGGCAUCGAAGACUACAGAGAUCCAGCGGGAGAUCACUCACUUCCGCCAAGAUCCAGAUGAGUCACUUCGUGAUGCUUGGGAGCGGUACAUGGGAUAUUUCUGGCAGUGUCCCCAUCAUGGCUUCAGUGAUGCAUUCACAGUGGGGAACUUCUACAGUGCUCUCUCUCCGGACAGCCAGAGGGUGAUUGAGUCUCUAUGCCCAGGAGGGGAUAUUCUUACUAAGACUCCUGAUAGACCGUCAUUUACACAUGUUUUUACCCCCAUUCUUACACCGUUUGAGGUGUUGAUUCUCGUGUUUUAGGCCGAUUUCACGGUAGGUUGUGCUUGUUUGUGAUAUUUCAGGUCCUAGGACGUGAAUGAAGGCUUAGGAGCGAGUCUGGGGUCGAUUGGACGAGGAUCGGACGCAUGGCGAGGUUCUGAGGAAGUCGCACGGGCACACCCACAACCCGCACGGCCGUGCAAGUGACCAGUUUGGCCGUGCGGGAUCGUGCGUGGGCACGCACGGGAUUGUGCGUGGCCACGCACGGCCGUGCAAGUGACCAGUUUGGCCGUGCGGGAUUGUGCGUGGGCACGCACGGGCACAAGUGAAAUCCGCACGGCCGUGCAACAUACGAUUCUGGCCGUGCGAGUUGGCUGAGGUUCAACUAAUUGAUACGCCGCGUUUUGAGGUGCACGGCCAGAAUGGUGAUGUGCACGGCCGUGCACCCUGGCCGUGCGAGUCGGGAAUGGCUGUUUUUAACCCAAAUUCGAGCCAAAGGAGAGGGAGAGCUGGGUUUUGGAUCCCAAACACCCAAGGGACGAACCCUAGAGAGAGAGAGAGCGACUUGGGAACAUUCUUGGAGCUAUUUUGGAGGAUUUCUUCGCCAUUGGAGCUCGGGAAUCAAGCUUGGAGAUGGAGAUUGAAGAUCUAGAUCAGAUUUCUGCAGUCUCUCUCUUCUCUAUGGAGUAACUUCCCUUCACUUAGGUUUUGAGGAACCCUAGUUCCAUGAGUUAGGAUCUUUCUUGUAUGAAGUUUUGGAUGUUAUAUUGUUUGAUUAUAAUCGAAUGAUGCAUGUUUAUUGAGUCAAUUGAAGUCUGAUCAACUUUUCCUGAUUCCUGCUGCAAUCUGAGAUAGAUAGAAUCUGAUUAGGUUGCUAGAGUCUCAUCAUUCGAUAGUAGGAGAUUGGCUAUACGAGAGUUAGCCAGUUUACUGCUUUGUACUGGAAUCCAAUUCCAGUAGUGGAGUUCUGUGCUUAUUGCUUCAGCUUUCUAUCCCGGUGAAGACUAGUCGUCUGCCGGAUAGUUAGACUGAGAGGGCUUGGUCAGCUUAAGAGAUUCCAAGCUACUGUCGGAUCUUCCGCAGUUUAAUCAACAGUAAAUCAACCAAAAGGAAUUACAACUUGGACCUAAUUGAGGAGCUAGGGGGAAUCAUACCUAAGUGAGUUCCCAAACUGUAAUUAGUAGUUUUACUUAGUUUAGUUAGUAGAGUAGUUUAGUUAAUCAAUCCUUAAUCUAGUUUGCUAGAUAAUGAACUGAAGCUGAGUAAUAGUAACUCUAGAGACCCGUGGAUUCGAUAUUUAUUACUUGUGCCACUAUACUGCAGUCCCUUUCAUUGGUUACACUUGGCCAUUGUUAGGUGUUGUGUUUUAGAGCAUCAAGUUUUUGGCGCCGUUGCCGGGGACUUUCUAGAUUAUUAGGAAAGGCAGAAGUUUGUUACUUUAGCUUUUUUUCUUUGCUUUUCCACCCUUUCUUUUCACUUGGGUGUUUUUUGUUUUUGUUGGUGCAGAUCUGAAUCAUGGAUCCUCAUGGCUUCUCCAACCAUUGGGGGUAUCCACCACCAUCCGAGUGGUAUUACCCCGAGACCCCCUGGAGCAAUCAAGGAGGAGAAGACUAUGGAUUCGGGUUUCAGUACCAACCCCCAUCCUACGAAGAACAAUCAGACCCCUGGGUAUUUCAAGAACAAUCUCCUUAUCAAGAAGAAUUCCUCCAUCAGCCAGAUCCAAACUAUCACUUGAGGCUUCUCGUGGACCAGAUUGCUCGAGUACCUGAGACAUCCUUUCCAAAGAUGGAUAUCCCAGACAAUGCCCAAACUGGGUUCUCCUACCGUGAAACAGAGGAGACCCUCCUGAGCAUAAAGAAGAGCCUCGAGGAUCUUGAGAAAGCUUAUGCACAACCUGCUCAAGAUCACCCUUCUGCUAUCAUACUAGAAGAGGAGGAGGAAGACGAAGGCUACAAGGAUAUUGUGGAGCAGACAGAAGUUUUCACGAAAAGCUCUCGUGAUGAUCAUGAUCAGGAAUUUCCUGCCGUAGCCGACCACACCUUCCCACAUCCCAAACUGAGCUUUGAAGAGGCGGGCAUGAGUGAGGAGAUGCAAGAAAAUCUCAUGAAAGAAAUUGCUUGGCAACUUGCUCUCCAAUCCGUGCUAGAAGAAGAAGAGCGAGAAAGGGUGCAGAAAGAAGUUGUGGAGGAUGAAGAAAGUGAAGCAGGAGGAGUUCUUGAUCUUUUCCCAGGGGUGAUACCACAUGAAGAAGAAAGGGAGGUUGAAGAAGCAAUUGGCGUCCAGGCUGAGGACGGAGUUAAGGUGGAAGAGGCCUGCACCGGCCAUGAGUUACAUGUGAUAUCUCCACCAAACUUCGAGGAGCUGCUUGGCAAGGACCCAUUUGCAGUGUCUCUUUGCCAGACCAAGGCCACAUCGACAUCGGUCCCUCUUGGUGGACGCGAUGGUGGCCAAUCGAUGCUGUCAUAUCUGGUUUGGGGCAAUGAGACGAGAGAAGAGAAGAAGAGGUCUCUAGGGUGGAGACUUCAUCUGCAUCAAGUGCACGAGCCUUCAUCACCUGCCACACCACAUGCUCGUGACUUGAGACUCCACCUCAUCGACGAGAACCUCAACUUCAAGGAGGUUCUAGCAUGGACCGAAACUUAGGAGCCAUCGUCCGGCUCACGACGUGAAAGAAGCGCUUGUUGGGAGGCAACCCAACCAGUCGGUUUGCAUUUCUUUCUCUAUUUAUCCUCGGUUGAGUCAGUUUUGUUAUUUGAUUUUAGAGUCAAUAACUCAACCUUUGUGAG